AAAGCUGUGGCCUUGUGGCUUUGGCUUGACGCCAAGGGCUGCGACAACCACUCAUUUUACCCGCCUGCGUGCCUUGUUCCUUGUUGUGUCACCGACGCACCCACCUUCCACCUUCCUUCCUUCCUUCCUUCCCACCCGCUUUCACCAUGCGUGGCCUUGUGUUCUCUGGCAUCCUUGGAGUGGUGCUGCUUGCUGCCCUCGCCUCCCACGCCUCCGCCAUCGGCGUCAGCCUUGGAGAUGAACUGACCCUCUCGGAAUUCCUUGCCGAAACGAACCUGGAUGGCUGCGCCAACCUGACGGCGUCCAACGAGGGCUACUACUUUGAGGGCGGCUACGAGACCGGCAUUCAACAGUCCCGUUGCGACGUUGGUGGCGAGUGCAUGUGCAACAACUUUGCCGAGUGCGACAACGGAAACUGCCAAAGGAUCUUCCGCUGCAACGACACAGAGUUUGAGGGCUGCUACUCCGUCGCUAACUGCACACAGACUGUUUUCGACACCUACUUUGCGGUUGAACUGGACUGCUCGCGUGGUGAUCCACUGACGGAGCGCAAUGAGGAGGAGCUCGACUUCUUUGCCAUGCGCUGGAAGCAGGCCCUCGAGGAUGACUGUGAUAUCUCCAGGCUGUGCCGGUACAAUGGUGACACGUCCGCCACGAUUGACGUGAUCAAUGCCACCUCGUUCCGCACCAGCACCCUCAACAGCGCACAUGUCGACGACCUGCUCGUGUGUGCGCAGUCCACAACCUUCCGCUUCAACCGCUGCACCGUCGUGGAUGUGCGCGAGGUGGAGGCGCCGACCACCACCACAACGACCACCACCACUACAACCACCACCACAACAACCACAACCACAACAACCACAACCACCACAACCACAACCACUACGACAACCACGACCACGACCACGACCACAACCCUCCCACCUUGCGAUUACACAUGCACCGACCAGGUGGACAGCUGCAUCGGCGCGGCCGUGUUUGAGAACGAUGUGCGCGAUACCUUCUCGACCUGCGUCGCCGAGUUUGACCACCACAGCACCUCAAACCUGGUGGACUUUGGCAUCUGCCUUGCAGACUGCGACGACAUUAUGGGCAGCGACAACUACACCGACGUCAAGACCAUCCUCGCAUGCUACCGCAACUGCGCGUUUUCCACUGCAGACAUUGACUGCAACGUGACAGUCACGACGACGACCACGACCGAAGCGCCAACCACAACCACGUUCAACUGCGAGGACAUGUACGAGCCGAACCAGAACCCUCCAUUUGGCACAACCAACCUUACCCUUCCCGUGGACAUCACGGCAGGCAUUUGCGUUGGUGACGCCGACUUGUACCGCGUUGAUGUGUGCCCCUUUGCCAACGUCACCAUCAACCUGUAUUUCACGCACGCGGAGAUUGACCUGACUCUCGGCCUUAUGUCCGUCGAGAACGAGGCAGACCAAGCCUAUUCCAACUCCACAACGGACAACGAGUACAUCUUCUACCAAACGACAGACAGCCUAACCACCUCCUACUUUGUGUCAGUCGCAGACACCUCGUUUUCAACCGAAGGCCAAUACCAGCUUACCAUUGACGUUGACUGCUCCGAGUAAUGCGCUGCCUUUCGCGCGUCGCUCAAGCAGGCUUUCGCAUCGCACAAACCAACACCGUUGCCGCUUGACCGCAAGGUUGCCUUCCCUUUCUGUCAUUUUCCUUCUCCCUUCUUCCUGGAUGGCUGGCUCACCUGUCGUGCUUGCUCCUGCUUGUUGCUGCGCUGUUGCGUUGUUACAUGAUGUGACAAAGCAGCGCUUCGCCUUCGUCUUUCGUCUCUCGUUCUCCACCAAUAACAACAACAGAACAACA